AUGGAGCCUGACCCUACCACCUUGGACCAGGAUGCUCUGGAAACAAGGGCCCAAAGUUCCACUCCCCCUCUGCGCAUGAUUGAGCAGGCCACGGCAGGUUAUGACAUGUUUGACCGACAUCGGCUUCUUGUGCGCUGGGUGUUGGCCAACGACGGAUUCUUUCAUCCGGACGUUCAAAUCGCCUUCAGUCAAAGCAAAGGGUUUCAUGCUGUGGUGGCCGAGGGACAGAGCCUUCCCAGCGGCACUCGCAUCACAAGCUGUCCCAUGCCAAUCACUUUAUCAGUGCUCAAUGCUCUUGAUGUCGCACCCUUUUCAAGUCGUGGCACCCGGUUUCCAGACUCUUUCCUUCGCACUCAGGCCAGCCGGCCAGAAUCCUUACAAACCUUCUUUCUUAUGGAGCAGCUGCUCCUUGGGGACCAGUCUUGGUGGGCACCAUACAUUGCGACACUGCCCACGGUCGAAGAUGUUUCUCAAUCACAGUUCGAAGAAGAGGCGGAUCGGCUCUGGCUCGAGGGCACUAAUCUCAAGGGCGCCUUCUCUGCCCAGACCUCCCGAUGGAAGGACAUGUACCGGCAAGGCAUGGGUCAACUAAAACAGUUGCACUGGGCUAACGCCGUCAAUGGAGCUUACACAUGGCCACGUUUUAGAUGGGCCGCAGCAAUCUUUGGGAGUCGCUCAUUUACUUCACAGGUCCUUGAUGACACCCUCCCGGCAGACAAAGCUCGUCUACAGUACCGACGGGACAGCGACCCCCAUGAUCUUGUUACUCUCUUUUCCCAUCGAUUCGGGGUUCUUCUUCCAUUGAUGGAUCUCCUCAAUCACAAACCUGGGGCUAAGGUCGAAUGGCAGGCCCGUUACAGUUUCGUUGGCCUUCAAAUACUCGAACCCUACGAAUCUGGCCAGGAGCUCUGCAACAACUAUGGCCCUCGCGACAAUGAAGGUCUCCUUCUGGCAUACGGCUUCACAAUCCAGGAUAACCCUUUCGACCAUGUUGUGAUAAGCAUCAGAGUUCCCCAAGGGUCCCCGUUAGCCGGCGCUCGAACCUGGAAACCGGAUACCAGAUCAGAUCCAGAGAGGAGGUGCUUUAUAUUCAACCACCAGCACCCACAAUCAACCUCCGCAAGAUCGUUAGAGACAUCGAUUUUUUCUUUUGAUCUGCUGGACAGUGUGUCAUUACUAUGCGCAAAUGAGCGAGAGCUCCAGACCAUGUACGCAAGAAAGCAGACACUGAUAAGCUAUUGCCUUGGCGAAAACCCCAAGUUCGAAGACGGUCGCAUUAUUCUCGCAACCAUAAGUCAACUGUUGACUGACUGCACGGAACGAGCUAAUAGGCUGAGAGCUAGCCAUCCAGCCGCAAAAGACCCCGAUGUCACUCCAUCCAGCCCCAAACAGAAAAACGCAAGCAUCUACCGAGACAGCCAGCUCACCAUUGUCCAGACAGCGGUUGCUCUCUGCAAAUAUGUCCUCAAAUCUGCAACGACUGAAGAUCCCGAUGCAGAUAUUCUGGCGAAAUUGCGCCAGGAAAUGCCAAAUUCCAUCAUCCGAAACCUUCAGUCACUUGUUUCACGACAUGACCGCCUUACACACCCACAUGAGCUGCUUACCAGUACAGCCAUACUUGCAAUGCUUCCCAGCAGUCUCUCGACGUGUUUACAGAAAUACUUGUCGGAAGUGGAGAACAACCUCCAGCGCAUUUGCAACUGGGAGAAAGACACCUCGAUCAAUCUGGAUAAGAGCCGGCUUGCGGUCAUUCUGUCAGCACUUUACGGGGAAUAUGCUCAUGGAGUCAAGUUGCCGCAUCGGAUUUCCGAGUGGCUGCAGCAACUAGUCGAGUGGUACCCCCCCGAUAACGAGUCGUGGGCAUACGUACCCGCUCCUGGGCCGUGGGCCCCAGGAGAUGAGCCUCCAGCUGAACUAAUGAGCCUCCUCGCUGCUCGAGCUGCCAUUUCCCCAAGGAUGCCGGCCGAGUCCAACGUCAAGCGGUGGUUAAGACCAGAGAGAGUCUGUUGGGGCUGGAAUGUCAUGGAGGAGGAGAUGGUUCGGGUUCCAGCAAGUGUCCUGGCACCCAAUGAUACAGAAGCAGAGUCAGGGCUGCCAUCAAGCUCAAUACUGAUCUAUUGGCGUCGCUAUUAG